AUGAUAAAGUCAGAAUUGGCUUUCCAUAACAUUAAAUUAUAUCCAUAUGAUAGUGAUGAACUUGAUGAUAAGGAGAAAGCACUCAAUGAACGUAUCAAGGUCGUGUUAAGUCGUAAGAAAGAAUUGUUGACCUUAGAACUUGAUAGUGAUGUAAUUCAUACAUUCUUGUCAAAAUUUCCACAAAACAUCGAUAUUGAUGAUUUGAUUUCAAAAACACACACCAUGUAUCAAAAAUUCCCCCCAGAGAAAUUACAAACAUUGGCUAAUUCGGGUUUAGACCAAACAUCUUGCAUAAAUUUAUAUAACGAACACUGGCUAACAUUAAAAUCCGGAGAAAAAAUCGACUAUGCUGUUAUAAAUGAAAUUUUAUCAAUGCCGCCCUCAGCAAGAAAACCAAUAACACUUCCAAAAAAUGACAGUCAUUUCACUAAAAGAAUCGAAUAUUUGGAGGAAGUUUGGAAAACUAUUGAAUUAGGAGGAAUUGAAAAAUCCUCAAAAGGCACACAGGAUUGUUUAUCUAGGGAAUUAUUUGAUAUAGAGAAUAAACUGGAUGAAAUUGAAAGAAAGAAAAAAAAAGCUAGAGGCCCAAAUUGCUGA